AUGUAUAGUCUGAUGUGCCGUUGCCCGUGCAACAUCUACAUCCGUCAUCAGGAGACGUCAACAGUUCGCGACAUUUUUCUGGCUCCAUUCAGCGGACGGCUAGUGGCCUGCGUUAUAGCAAUUUCAGUGAUUGCUUCCUUGGCCUUUGUCGUUAUUAGUCGACUAACUCCUUGUCUUGCUGAUCAACGGUCACGGUCCAUGGGGUAUACUGAGGGCUUGAUCUGGUCCACUGGAAUACUUUGUCAGCAAGGUGGAACCUGGACACCUCCAGGUUCAGCAGCUAGCGUGCUCCUCAUCGUGUGCCUGUUCUUCGCAGUAGUGACGUACAAUUCGUAUGCAGCUUUUAUCACAUCUGUUCUCUCUGUUCGCGUGGCUAGUGUGGACACUGUCGCCGCUGUAUUGCAUUCGCCAAAUUUUAAGAUCAGCUACAUCAGAAACGGUGCCGAUCAAAUGUAUCUCAUGUCAACAAAAGACGCGCAACUGAAUGCUUUCUACAUACGCGGCUACUCCGAUGCCGAGAACCUUGUGUCCUCAGCCGAAGAAGGUCUGAUGAGAGCCGCGAGACAGGAUUAUGCCUUCUUCGCGGGACAGCGGGCGGCUCGAUCAACGCUACGGUCGAUGAGUCAGGCCCGGGGCCGCUGCGAAGUGCGGGAGUUACCAGUUCAGUCGACACGAGCUCAUGUGGCUUUUCCACUGCCGAAGAGAUCACCUUACGCUAGACCGAUCCUCGUCAGUCUCCUCCAGCUCCGGAGCGGAGGGGCUUUGGCCAGACUGGAAGCAGCUCUGGUGCCGGCCAUGCCACAAUGUGCACCAUCGGCAGGGUUUGCUUCAGCGCGUGCCGCAGACGUUCGCUCGGCUUUAAUACUCUUACUAAUUGGGUUGAUUGCAGCUUUGCUACUUGGUAUCGGCGAGUACAGUUGGAAGAAUAGAAAAGGACAACGUAAAUUUUUAGUACACUGCUAUCGUCGACUUGCAAAUUUAAUUCAUUUAUUGGAUUAGAUCUCAGUAAGUUAUCUAUUAUUGUCUUGUGCUUACG